UGGAAUGCUUAGACUGUUACUCAGGUUCUGGCCCUUGCCGAGCUGAUGGAAACUAGCUGUUCUGGAUAUUCUCUUGCCGAAUAUGGAAUUCUUCUGCAUCACCUUCCGAGGUUGAAGUGGCUAUCCGCCAUGCAUCGCUGUCAAGCACGCGAAUGUAAAUGAAUCUCUUUCCGAUUCCUCUUUUGCGAUUUUAGAUCUGUUCCCCAUCGAGCAAAGUAGGCUGGUUAAGGUCCUGCUGCGUUCCAUGAAUCCGUCUUACGCUCCUUUCCCGAGCAUGUCCUACCAGAAGACCUCGUGAUAUCAUCAUUGUUAGCAUACUUCCACGAGAUGUCGCCUUAGCCUCAGUUAUCAAUUGCUCCAUCGUUCGUAUACUCCUCUUCGCUGUUUUUGUCGCCCGAGUAUACAUGAUUUCCCUUCACCAUGAUGCUUCAAAAGACGAGUUUCCGAAUCAAACGCUUCAUCACUCAACGACGGAAUCAAAGCACUCCGGAUCUAGGCGUAAAUUAUGACGAAGCACGUUUCUCAGACUUGAAACUCUCGAUCAGCAGUCCAAAAAGGUUAUCAUGGUUGUCAGAAGCACCUUCAACCGAAGUGAUCGCCCUUCGACGGACGAACAGCAACACGACAGUGCGAAGCCAUCACAUACAUCAAUCAGGAACGGCACAUUCAUCAUCAAGUUCUUUGUGCAGUUGCGACUGCAAUGAGAAUCCGGUACCAAUUGAGCAGUCUUUGUCUCGAGUCAAGUCGGCGACGGUCCGGCCAGAAAUUCUUUAUUUGCCUCCAGCACUACCCACAAAUGCCUCUGACGAUGCGAAAUCAUGGCGACUCAUAUUUCCAGAGUCAUUGCCUAGGUCUUCGAGCUUGACUGCAGCCUCGAAAAUACGUAUCGCAACACCUCCAUCACUUCCUCCAAUCAUUGCGGCUGAUCUAUUCGAGACAGCAACCUAUGACCACGACAAUGACAGAACACCAACACAAAGCGUCAAAUACAUCUCUCAACCUGAUAUGGAAGAUUUCUCAAACAACGUCGAACAAUUAAUCCGCGAAACAGACGAAGCAUUCAAAGCUGUAGGCACAGCUCUUGCCGACGCAAAAGCCGCGACUCAAGAGUGGUAUGACACCAAGUCCACACUUGUAGCACCCAAACUAUCGAUCUCUCGUGGCAUCAUGAGGAAGUCCAGAUCGCCUGUACCUGCAUCACCCACCGCUCGGUCCCCUAUCGCCAAAAUUAAACCCACUCCACUCGCAGCGACAGGAAAGGCGAAGAGACAUAGGAAAAGUAAAUCGAAUUUAUUCAAUAGAGCGUCUGGCUCGACGCCUCCACCCCUGCCAGUGCAAUCUGACACUCCAGCUCGAUGGACGUUGAACGAUGUGACAGCAAACAUGGUGGACGUGUUCAGUGGGAGACGAUUCAGGCUGGAGGCGGAUGAAAUGCUUACACCGAUGCGGAUCCAGAAGCUGAAGGAGCAAGUUGCGGCUGAGGAAGAGAGGAGGAAGAGUGCAGAGUCAUCACGCUCAAGUACUAGUUAUGAAACGGACGGCGAUGAUGAUUUUGGGACACCCACUGAUCCGUUCUAUCUCGACACAUUUGGCAAGACUGGUGGUUCGAAAGAAGCGGCAUCACCACCGCCGCCUCCUCCUGCAUUUACUAGUCCAAGACCGCCGCCUCCAGUGACACAAGUAAACAAAAGCGUCGCGACGGCAAGCACGUCGAGUGCGUCGAGCAAAGACAGCGAGCUCACAACGCCAGUUGCUCCUCCUCAAGCGAAAGCCGGUAUGAUAUUCAACGACUAUUCUUUCCCCGCACCACCAUUACCACCAAAGAACCCACGACGCCCGUCCGCAGUGCCACUUCUGCCCACCAUCUCCGAAGUUUCGCCCUUAAACCUCUCCCCAACCCAAUUUUUUGCACAGAGCGGAUCAGUCGCGGAAGUCGUUGAGAAACCACGAAGUCCUAUCCUCCUCCCAUCCACAAACUUCAGCAUGUUAUCCCCGCUCUUCAAACAUGGAUCUAUACGAAUCGAGCGGAUCCUGAAACCUAGGAAAGAUAAAUCGCUCAGUCCAGACGAGGAGGGGUUGGAUUGGGUAGCGUUCCAAAUGGCUAUAUCGGGGAAUAUGGACGAGUACAGCCAUGACGUUAGAAGUGAUAGCGAGUGGGAACUUGACGAGGUAGAGCAUGAUGAGAUUGAGGCUUGGUGGAAUAGUUUGGGACUUGAGCUGGGAGGGCUGCAGUCGUCGCUGCCGAUGGACGUGAAGAGUGCAGUGGUCGAAAUUCGCAAAUCUAAGCCACUGCCUAUAAGAAACGAUUUGAGAGAGAAGAGAGCUGAUGGUAUAUACAAAGCAGCAGAAGAGCAGUUGAUAAAGACUUGGAGAGCAGAGAUAGAUACUAACAAGAUCGUGGAAGAAGUUCCCAGAGAGGAGGUAGACACGAAUAAGUUCGUCAUCAACGAAAGACCCAGAGCCGCAGCUCCGAGACUUAUGCCGCCGCCUGUCAUUGAGGUGAGGAGACCGUCAGUAGCGGAAAGCAUGCCGGAUUCGCCGAUGCUGGAUCUGGGGAGAGUGAGUCCGUUGAAGGAUGGAGAUAUUAUACCUAUGGGGUUCAAUCUUGGACAUGAUUUGGGAGAUUUUUUGCAGUGGGAGACGAAUCAUGUGCAGAUGUUUAUGGGAGAUGAGAGAUAAUAUGUACAGAGAUAGAUUAUAUGAAAUGACUGCUUGACGAUUCAACCCU